AUGGAUUUUCUCUACGAGAAAAACCCACUGGCGGAUGUUGAAACGGCCGAUACCCGCAGUUUAGCCAGGGCAAUCGAUGCAGCGACCUGGUCGGCAUUUCUGCAAGUUCCGUUUGCUGAAUGGGUUUUGAAAGCAACUGGGCGCAACGCACAUGUGGUGGAUACGUUCCUUUGGUACCAUGAAAUGCUCAGCGUUCGGCUGUACUACCGCCUUCGACGGUGUUCAGAGGCGCAGAAGGUCAAAAACGACCUUCUAGAGAUCAUCUCCGAAGUAAACCCUUUUGCACGCUCGAUAAUAUCGAGCAGCAUCGAAUCGCUGAACGGACGGCUUGUGACCUCCGAUCUGAAUAUCGGCUUCAUCGUUGGACCUCUGCGUGUUCUCCCAACCGUUGACCUGACUCCGGACGUAUUGUACCUCCUGGAUAUUCGCUUUCAGCGGACUUAUCAUCGACAAUGGGAUUACGAUGAGAUGGCAGAGUUUCGAACUGACACCUCGCUUUUCCGCGGCAUUCGUCACACACCGCCUGGAUUACUAGCCAGUUCGAUGACAGAAAACGACCUGAGGUCCUUCCGCGACGAUUAUGCCCUCAUGUUCAUGGAGGACAAGGGCAUCCACAGGUGGCUCGAUGCCUUGGGUCACUCUUGGAAUCGUCGAUGUGAAGACGUUGCCGACGGUCUUCAAACUGACUUAAAGCACGGUGCUGCGUUAGUCGAACUUGCUGUAUGCUUAUAUGAACGUCGAAACUUUCACGGGUCGACUGCGAUAUUCUACGGUUUGAAGCAAGGUGGGUGGGACGACAAGAUGAUUCCCCUGCAGCUGUCGAGCAUUGUCAACUAUCGAGCGUAUCGCGAUGAGUUAAAAAAGGGCCCGGCAUUGCCAUUUGUGUUUCUUUCUAUCAAAGAGCUCCAGUUGUUGACUUACUGCCUCAGGCACCAUGGACCAUCCUCCCUGGAGUACAAAAAAAAUCUGCGGGGCGUAAUGUGUACAAUUGAAGAACUAUUCAUGUUUAGAUCUUACAUCGCCAACACAAGCAAGUUGGUCAUCCGUGCCGCUCCCUUGUAG